AUGACAACUUGGCUAAGCAUGCAAAAUAUUAUCCUUGUUUUUGACUUGCAUACAUAUAUAAAUUGCUAGUAUAUCAUUUUGGUCUAAAGUCUAAACAGUUCAUCAAGAAACAACCUUUACUCAUCCAACAUUGUUCAAACUCAUUGAUCUGUACUUACAAAUAAAAGUAUCAACUUCAAAUGUCGAAUCAGAUGACCACAAAUCAUGUUCGUUCAACGAGCGUGCCUGCAGCAAUUCAUCCUCUCACUGUCUGUGCUGAGGAGCAGUUGCAAAGGUUGAAGUCAUCUGCAGGAACUUCCACAUCUUCUACCUCGACGAUAUGCCAAAGAUUGGAUGGUCUCAGAAAAUUAUACGAUUGUGUUGAUGAUGUCCUCAAGUUGCCAACAGGCCAAGAAGUUAUCUCACAUGAAAACAAUGUCAAAUUACUUGAACAAGUAUCUGAUGUCUCCCUUAAUGUUUUGGAGACUUGUAGUAUCAUUAAAGAUGCUUUGUCACAGAUGAAAGAAAGUGUCCAACUACUCGAGUCAUGUCUUCGAAGAGGUAGAAAUGGAGAAUCAAACUUAUCCACUCAAGUUGAUGCAUACGUGUCAUCUAACAAGAAAUUGAACAAGGUGAUUAGCAAGUGUUUCAGAGAUUUGAAGCAGAAAGAAAGUAAUCAGACAAUACUAAUAGAAGAUUCCGACUUUGCAUCAUUGAUUCGCCUAAUAAAAGGAGUUGAAGAUGUUAGUAUUACAGUAUUGGAGUCAACUCUAUCUUACAUUUCCCAUCCAAAGAUGAGAUCAAAGGCAAGUGGUUGGUCUAUGAUCUCCAAGAUGUUGAAGCCUAAGAGAGUCUCGUGCGAAGGACUGCAUAUCUCGGAAGAAGAAAAGACACACAUGGAGUUACUUCUUCUAAGGAAUGAGAAGAUAGAUCAAUCACAGAUGCUAAAUGCACUUAAAAAACUGCAGGCAUUUGAGUCGAGCAUUCAAGAACUAGAGGAGGGAUUAGGAGUUAUCUUUAGGCUUCUAUUGAAAAACCGCGUUUCCCUUCUCAACAUUCUCAGCCAUUAACUUGUGCUAUGAAAAAGCAUAUGGUGUUUCAAUCUUGUGUAUACGAUUUUGUCGUACAGAGUACACAAAAUGUAACAAUAUUGCGGUUGUAUAUAAAAAUUUGUUACAUAGAAUACAACAAAUGUACA